GACUGGAUCCGCUCGUGGCUCCCUCCUCAGUCCGCUUUCCCGCCGGCCGGUCGUGAGGCGGCUCCCGGAGCGAUGGCAGCGCGGGGGUCCCGGCCCGCGGUCCUGCGCCUCCUGCUCCUUGUCCCGCUGGUCUCCGGGCGCCGGGGUCCGGGCAGCGCGCCCGGAGGAUUAGCUGAACCGUUCUUUAUUGCAAAACAUGAAGAUAGCUUGUUUAAGGAUUUAUUCCAAGACUAUGAAAGAUGGGUUCGUCCUGUGGAACACCUGAAUGACAAAAUAAGAAUAAAGUUUGGCCUUGCAAUAUCUCAGCUGGUGGACGUGGAUGAGAAAAAUCAGUUAAUGACAACAAAUGUCUGGCUGAAACAGGAAUGGAGAGAUGUAAAGCUCAGGUGGGACCCCGACGACUACGGAGGGAUCAGAGUCAUACGAGUCCCUUCAGACUCUCUCUGGACCCCAGACAUCGUGUUGUUUGAUAACGCAGAUGGGCGUUUUGAAGGGGCCAGCACGAAAACCGUUGUCAGGUAUGAUGGCACCGUUACCUGGACCCCACCAGCAAACUACAAAAGUUCCUGUACCAUAGACGUCACAUUUUUCCCAUUCGAUCUCCAGAACUGUUCCAUGAAGUUUGGUUCUUGGACUUAUGAUGGAUCACAGGUGGACAUAAUUCUAGAAGACCAAGAGGUAGACAAGAGGGAUUUUUUUGAUAAUGGAGAAUGGGAGAUUGUAAGUGCAACGGGAAGCAAAGGGAACAGAACCGACAGCUGUUGCUGGUACCCGUAUGUCACUUACUCGUUUGUGAUUAAGCGUCUGCCUCUCUUUUAUACCUUGUUCCUCAUUAUCCCCUGUAUUGGGCUCUCGUUUUUAACUGUACUUGUCUUCUAUCUUCCUUCAAAUGAAGGUGAGAAGAUUUGCCUCUGCACUUCAGUACUUGUCUCUCUGACUGUCUUCCUUCUGGUUAUUGAAGAGAUCAUACCCUCCUCUUCAAAAGUAAUACCUCUGAUUGGGGAGUAUCUGGUGUUUACCAUGAUUUUUGUGACUCUGUCAAUUAUGGUGACGGUCUUUGCCAUCAAUAUUCAUCAUCGUUCUCCCUCAACACACACUGCUAUGGCUCCGUGGGUCCGCAAGAUAUUUCUCCACAAGCUUCCAAAACUGCUCUGCAUGAGAAGUCACGUAGAUAGGUACUUCACCCAGAAGGAGGAAACCGAGAGGAGUAUUGGACCAAAAUCUUCCAGAAACACAUUGGAAGCUGCACUUGAUUCUAUUCGAUAUAUUACAAGACAUGUCAUGAAGGAGAAUGAUGUCCGUGAGGUUGUUGAAGAUUGGAAGUUCAUAGCCCAGGUUCUGGAUCGGCUAUUUCUGUGGACUUUUCUUCUGGUUUCAGUUGUUGGCUCUCUUGGGCUUUUUGUUCCUGUGAUUUAUAAAUGGGCAAAUAUAACAAUUCCUGUUCAAAUUGGAAAUGCAAUUAAGUGAUGCUUCCCUAGGAGUUGUGGUAGGAAUUCAGAUACCAAAAGGCAUGUACACCUUAUGGGCACCUGUAGACUUCUGAAAAUGUCAAUCGAGUUUCAAAUUUCAUGCAAGCUUUAACAGAAUAACAGUUGCUCAUAUCAUUUUACCUUAAUAGAUGGCCCAUCUGCAUGAGUAAAGUAAUAACUAACUGAGUACCAUUUGGUCUUCUAAAAAUAGCAGGAAAAUAUUAUCUGACCUAUACUAGUAAAACUCUAAUGUUUUUAUCCUGGCUAAUAAUACUUUGUAAUUUGUAAUAUUUGUAAUCAACAGUGAAGUUCAUAUUUUAAUGCACUGGAAAAUUCCUGUCAUUUUUGAAGAUGGACUUCAAAACUUUUCCUGCAUUUGGUAAAGGUACACAUUUUUAAAUUCUUUCUGUCCCACAUCUACUGGGGAACAUUCAGUCUGUAGUACAAUAUUAUACUGCUACAUUAGGUAAGCUGACUACUUAGUAUGAUAAUGAUUGACCUGAUGCUGAUUUCUAUAACCAAAAUU